UAUGACAAUAGGAUAAUCAUAUCAGAUUACAAAAUGGUAGACAACCACAGAGUGUUGGGAAUUAUGGCCUAGCCAAGUUGACACACAUUUUGGGAGGGCAUAAUUCAAUCCAUAACACUGGCAUUUGCAGAAAAUAAAGUUGCAUUAGAAGCAGUAAAGAGCAGAAUAAUCACUGCAGGAAAGUAAAUUAAUGAUGUGAAGAACUCUCUUGAUAAACCCUACCAGAAUGUAGGGGGGAAGGACGGGAUAAAAAUUAUGAGGGGAAACGUAUGUUAGAUGAAAGUAGGAAAUUAUUCAAAUAAAAAGAAUAGCAUUCCCACAUAACAGAUAAUGACUAACUGAGCAGAAGCAAUAAUCAAAAUUAUGAUUUAGGAAAACUUAGUUGAAGAAAAAACUUGAACCUGUAGACUGAAAGAGCUCAUCGUGUUUUGACAAAGAUUAAGAAAGAUGCCAAUACCUAAAUAUAUUUCGAUGAAAUUUCUUAAUAUCAAGGAUAAAGAAGGAAUUUCACAGGCCUCUUUGCAUCUUACAACAUAGCAUGAAGCUUGCCCUAUAAAGAAAAAAGGCCAAAAAUUGGAGACUAGAUAACUUGAAAAUCCUUCUACCAAACUGAAAAACCAAACCGAUUGCCAUCGAGUCAAUUCCAACUCAUAGCAACUCUAUAGGACAGAGCAGAACUGCCCAAUAAGGUUUCCAAGGCUGUAAUCUAUGGAAGAAGACCACCACAUCUUUCUCCCUCGAGUAGCUGGUGGGUUCAAACCGCCAACCUUUUGGUUAGCAGCCAAGUGCUUAACCACUGUGCCACCAAAGCUCCUUGAAAAUCCUUCUAGGGCACCUAGAAAUACUGAAUAAAAUAUAGCAAGCAUCCCUUUAAACGAAUAUCUGAACUUAAAAGAAUAUAAUAGAAAUCACCGAGGUCCAAAAAAAUCAAGUAAUAAAUGAAAACCAGAGAUUGUAAGGAGGAGAGCAUGCUUCGACUCCCUGAGGAGAUUUUCAUACCUUUGAUUUUAAACGGCCUCACAGAGACAGAAGCCAAGUUGUUUGAUCCGUGUGAGUUGGGUUUCUUAGACCUCUACAUAAAGCCACGAUUCUCAAAGUAUGGUAACCUGAGUGAAAGAGUAGAUUGGAAAAUAAAACCUCUCCACUGAUUCAGGGAGAAAACAAGGAAGCUUAACUUCCCUCAGCUUGGGUUCCUAGGUAGUGAGAGGGUGUGCCAGAGCCUCCCCUUAAAAUCUGUAAUCAACUGCCUUCCCUCAUGUGGGGUUCAGGCUUUAAUCUGUAUUAAUUGUGUGGUCUAGGAACCUGCAAUAAAAUACGUUCAUUUUAUUUUGUUGGCUUGUAACAUCCACUGGAUGCCAGACGGAAGCUAAUACAAAACAUACCCUGGGACACCUCUCAAGUCAAGCCCUGCAGGUCUCUCACAGAUAUAGCCUCACUGAACAUAUCACAAUCCAAAAACGAAAUAGACCCACAUGCACACAAAUCUACUACAAAUGAUAUUUAGCAGAUACAACAGAAUUAGACUCUUCCAAGAACAUUAGAGAGUGGAAUUGUCACAGAUUACCAUUUAAAAUUAAUAAAAAUGUAAAUAUAUAUAUAUAUUAUAUAAUAGGAGAAAAAAACUUGUAUGUACCUCUAAUAGGGCCUCAGAAGAUAUGAAACAAAAUUCACCCAUUUAGAAGGAAAAGUUAUAAAUAUAUAAGAUUUGUAGAUCUAGAGAACUGUUAUCCAGUAAAUGGAGAAUACAAAGAAAUACAUAGAACACUUACAAAAUUCGUUAUAUGAUUAAACAUAUUCAGAGAUCUGUUAAUUGUUAAUAUAUACAGGCUACAGCCUCUGACAACAAGACAAUUAAGUUUAACCAAUAAUAAAAGGUUAAAACAAAUUAACAAACCCAGAAAUGCAUAUAUUUCAAAUAAUUUUAAAAUUUACCUAACUCAUGGAUCAAGAAUUAACUCAUAGUAUAAAUUAAAAAUUAGAGUACAUAUCAAAACUUGUGGAAUGCAGCUAAAGUGGAUUUAGAGAGAAAUUUUUAAAUGCUUGUAUUAGGAAAAGAGAAAGCCAGGAUUUAAGAAAAGCACAGCAUGGUUAAUUGAAAGAAGAAAGAAACUAAUAAAGACAUGAGCAAAAGUCAAUGGAAUAGCAAAUAAAGAUACAUCAAAGCCAGAAGUUAGUUAAUAGAAAAAACUUCUAAAAGAACUGAUUAGAACUAUACCUAUUUAAAAAAUUGAAUCAUAGUUAAAAAUUUUACUCAAAACUUAGCAAAUAAAAUUAGGCCUGGACAGUUUUACAAUCAAGUUCUAGAAAACAUUUAAGGCACAAGAAUUUUGAUCUUAUACAAAAUCUUCCAGAGAAUUGAAAAAGAGGAAAUAUUCUUAAAUGUAUUUAUUAGGUCUAGUACAACUUUAUAAAUAAAGUGGGAGAAAAGAAAAUUAGUUAGAAACAAUUUCUCUGAAGUUAGGAAUAGGAAAAGGAUGCUCACUGCCAUUGUUUCUGUACAUCCUUGCUUUGUUAGUCAUAACCUGCACAGUAAGACAAGAAAAAGAUGGAGGAAACAAAACUCAUAGGGUUGCUAUGCGUAGGAAUCAACUCGAUGGCAAUGGAUUUGGUUUUUUGGUUUUGGAUCACUUUUAAGGUUAUAGUGAAUUUGCUUUGUGCAUUUUAAAUAUGGCGAGGCAAAUAAAGUGCCCCUUCAACAAAAUGAACACAAUUACCUUUUAGAUAUAAGGGACAGAAUAUUAUAUUUGGUCACAGAUGAUAUGGAAUGAUCUAUGUAGAAAAUUCAAGAGAAUCUUCCAAUGUUAUUUUAGAAUUAGUAAGAAUCGAAUAAGAUUGUCAUAUACAAGAUCAAUAUAUAAAUAUCAGUUAUGUUCUAAAUAUCAGCAACAAACAGAAAAGGUAAUUUUUAAAUAUUUCCCAUUUACAAUAGCAACCAAAGGUCUAAAGAAUCUAGGGAUAAAUCUAAUAAAAGAUGUAGAAGACUUUUGAGGGAAAAAUUAUAAAAUUCUACUGAGAAAUAGAAAUCAUAUCUCCUUUAACAGGAAGAUGUGAUUUCAUACCCAUUAAAUUAGCAAAAACUGAAAAGUAUGACAGUAGCACAUUUUGAUGAGGAUGUGGAGCAUCAUGAACUCUCAUAUUGUGGUGGGAAUGUAAAUUGGCACAACCAUUUACCGCGCCAUUUGUCACUAUCUAGUUAAGUUGAAAAUGUGCAUACCCUUUUGGCUAGGGAAUCCACUCCUCGCUCUUGUCUGGCAACAAGACAGAAUAUUUGAAUUGAGGACUGUGAAAAAUCCAUGUCAUACAAUUUGGGUAGAUAUAAUAAUCCUCCAAGAAAAAGCUUCAGUGAAAAAUCGAGGAAGUAAAGUGCAUUUCAAGGAGCAUUUCAAAGAUCACCUGGGUCAUUAGAUUUAUGACUAUAAAUUUAGCUUAAAUUUUCAUUACAAAAUCCUAUAGGGAACAUCUCCAAUUAAACAUGGCUUGGAUAGCCUAGAAAAUCCACAGCAUCCCCAGCAGAGAGCAAGUUGGGAGAGAAAGCACGUACAUAUGAUUAGCUGUAGAAGUCUGUCUGUCCACGCAGACACUAUUCAAAUAAGUUAAUGUAUUACUUUCUAUAAUUUGAUUAUUUAAAUAUAUCUGAUAAAAAGUUUUUCUAUUUUUUACAGUUUAGUGAAGGAGAUAGUCAAUAAUACUGUUCACUUGUAACCAAGCUUUGAUAAAGAAUUAGCUAAUAAUAAAGCGUAAGAAGAGGAAAGAAGAGUAAAAUAAAUAUUGCAAUAGGAAAUACAGCUUUUUUGGCCUAUUAAAUUUCCAGACACUCAUUUAUGGGUGACUUUGUAUAAUGACUAAUUGAUAGCUUAGAAAACAAAAGUAAGUAUGGUCUCAUCCACUCAACUGCACAAAUACAGUUGCAGUAAUAAAAGGUGUUAUUUAUACCCACUAUCAUUUUUAAGGAAACCUUGGUGGUAUAGUGGUUAAGAGCUAUGGCUGCUAACCAAAGGGUUGGCAGUUCUAACCCACCAGGCACUCCUUGGAAACUCUAUGGGACAGUUCUACUCUGUCCUAUAGGGUUGCUAUGAGUAGUAAUCAACUUGAUGGCAAUGGAUAUGGUUUUUUGGUUUUGGAUCAUUUUUAAGGUUAUAGUGAAUUUGCUUUGUGCAUUUUAAAUAUGGCGAGGCAAAUAAAGUCCCCCUUCAACAAAAUGAACACAAUUACCUUUCAGAUAUAAGGGACAGAAUAUUAUAUUUCAUUAAAACUUCCCAAGAGUAGGGUUCUGGUUGGUUUAAAAAAUAUGUAUGGGUGUGUGUGUCUGUGUAUAUACAUCUCCAAAGAAUUUGUUAUAAUCUUUAUAUAAAACAUUUUUGAACAUGUAUGCUCAAGUAUUUUUUUCAUUCUACUUCUGUGUAAUAUUCUAAUGAACAUAUAUAGAUGGGUGACUUAUUGUGUAUAUAUUAUUAUUCAUGUGUUAAUCUCUGUUUAAUUUAUUUUUUUUUUUAUCAAGCACGCAAAUCACCAGAAGCAUCUGGUAGGAAACCAAUUUUUACUGAAUAAUUUUGUUACUCUGAUUACUAUAAGUUGCAUUUUUAUGAGGCAUUUUAUGCCAGUUUGACUAUUUUGUAUUUAUAUUUAUAUAGUAUAUAGUAUAGUGUAUAUGUGUGUGUGUGUCGGGGGGUGUUCUUAGAAAUAAGUAUAGAGCUCUAGAGAGGUGGGUGUUUGAAGUAAGGGUGACAGAAGAUGGAUUAAUAUACUCCAGUAGAUUUGUAUUUCCCAGGGGCUUUGGAAGGGAUUGUACUGUACUGUUAAUUUGUUGAUAGAACUUGGUAUUUUCAUAGGUAAUUUACCUCGAAUUCCAUCUUGUUUUGUGCUUUCUGACAUAUGCUAAAUAAUUCUUAAAUAAAAUAGUGCUUGUACAGUAAAAACUGCAAAAACCAGAACCUGUGUAAGGUGGAAACCUGUCAGAGAAAGAAAACGCAAGUAUUUUCCACUAAAAGGAGCCAUAGAAAAGUGGUAAGACUGCAAUCUGUCAAAGGCGGGAAACUUGGGAGACCCUGAAAAACAAGGCGGUCCUGCCAAGUUCUGGCUCUCACAGGUUUCACUGUAUUAAGAUAAAGGAGAGAGAUGAAAAUAAUUUAAUUACAGUGAUAUUACAGGGCCCAUAAAUUAUAAUCUGUUUAAACUAUUAUUACAUAAAAGAUACCACUAAAAUUUAUAUAAUUGCAUAUAGUACUUAAUACUUCCUCUUUCACUAAUAGAAACUUACAGAGGAAUAGCUCCUUUCCUAGUCCCUACAUAGAUAGCCAUCAAGCUUUAAAAUAUUCAUGCCUCUAACCCCUACCCUCAUCCCUACUUACUCCAUCUGGCUCCCCUCUCCCUUAGCAAGUAAUCUUGCCUCCUGUUUCCCUGAGGAAAUAGAACCUAGCAAUUGUGAACUAACUUCAGUUUACUCUCCUACCUUCCCACAUAUCCAAAAGCAUCACCAUGGCAAACCAGUAUGUCUCUGAUUUUGCACCUGCUUGCCGGUACACUUCACCUCCACUGCUGUUGCACACUCAGACCUUAAGCUGCAGCUAUUACAAGUCAGUUGUUAUUCCCUAGAUAAACCAUGCUCUUCCUCCCUUCCUUUUAUACACAAGAUCAUCCCAGCCUAAAAUGUCUUCUUCCCUAAGGGAACUCUUUAUUCUUCAAAAUUGAGCACAAAUGCUGUGUCCUCUAUUAUGUCUUACCUUACUACCCAAGAGUUUCCUCUUUUCAGCUCUCUUAAAACAAAUCAAAAAAACCAAACGUAUUGCCGUCAAGUUGAUUCCUACUCAUAGCGACACUAUAGGUCAUAGUAGAACUGCUCCGUAGAGUUUCCAAGAAGCGCCUGGUGGAUUCGAACUGCCGACAUUUUGGUUAGCAGAUGUAGCUCUUAACCACUACACCACCAGGGUUUCCUCAGCUCUCUUAGUACCUUAUAAUUGCCUUCCUUAUAGUCCUUGUCGCAUUCCAUUACAGUGGUUCAUCUGUCUCCCCAUUAGCUUCUCAUCUCCUUAACAGUGAAGAUAUGUUUAUUUUUUGUAGUAUUCCCAGAGUCUAGCUUAGUAUCUGGCACCAUAAAAGGGUGCUAAAUAAAUGUUGAAAAGAUUGUUAAACCAGCACCAAGGAAGUGGAAUACCUGAAAGACAUUAAUGUCUUUCAGAAGGGGUUAACAUCAAACCCAAACCAACCCCAUGUCGACGAGUUGAUUCAAACUCAGAGCAACCCUACAGGACAGCCACAUCCUUCUCCUGCGGAAUAGCUGGUGUGUUGGAACAACUGACCUUUCAUUAGCAGCCAAGAACUUGUAACCACUGUGCCACCAGGGCUCCUUAGGGGUUAACAAGAUGUUAUAAUUCCUAGUGCCUUUCCUACAGUAGAUUUCGACUAAAUAACAGAAGUCCAGAGAUGGUAUUGCAAUAGUUGAGGAUAUGUAUUCAAUAUUUGUUUCUUAAGAUUAUGAGCCCUAUUCCUAUGAGGGGAGCCCUGGUGGCGUGGUCAGCUGCUAACCAGCCGCUCCUCGAGAGAAAGAUGAGGCAGCCUGCUUGCCUAAAGAUUUACAGCCUUGGAAACCCUAUAGGGUCGCUAUGAGUCAGAAUUGACUCCACGGCAGUGGGUUCGAAUUUUGGUACUGCUAUGAAGAGUUAAAAGUUUUUGUUAGUUGUGUUAAGGAAAAUUAGAGUGGUAUGGAUUUCAGCACUAAACAAUAGUUACUGAUUUUAUUUCUUUACCAUUUAAUUUUUAAAUGUCUGACUUGAAAUGUACAGUCAAAUAAUUGUUUCUUAACAUUUUAUUUCUGUGUAUAAUAUUCUGGGAAAGUGUGUAUAGGUGACUUGAUGCUAAUACGGUGUUUUUAUGAGUGUCAUUUAAUCAUUGUUCAAUUUAUUUUUUGGACACAAGCUUGCUCCUCUUCAGAAGUAUCUGGUAGGCAACUACUUUUUAUAGAACAAAUGUUACCUUUAAAACUUUCUAUUUGGUUGUUUGCAAGGUAUUUUGCUCCUCAUAAAGUUAUACUUUUAUGAAGUAUACCAAGUUAAUAAAAUAUUUUAGUGGAUGGAAGAAAUGGCUUGUUUAAUUUUAUCUCGAGUCCUUCUAUAGAAAUGAUUUAUAUUGCAGUUUCUUGUGUGAUAUUUUGGAAACAAUAAAUACAGAACUUGAAGCAGUGGGAGUUGUACAGGGUAGCAGAAGACAGAUUAAUAUAUGCCACUUAAAUUAGAUUACCCAGAUUAUGAAUGGGUUUUGAAAGAGAGAGUAUAUUGUAAAUUUUGAAUGAAACAGCUAAUACUGUAAUUGGGUAUUUGCCCUAGGAAGUUGGUAUUCUAUUUUAUUCUGUCUUUUGUGUUUCCUUUCUAUUUUUUCUGACAUAUAUUGAAUAAAAGUUAGAGUUGUGCUUUUAUUGCUGUUAAAGAGGGAAGUGAAAUUAAUCUCAUUACAAAGAGACUGAAGAACUCAACACCUCCAGUAAUUAUAAUGUGUGUAGUAGUAGAUUUGUAAACUGUUCUUACAAAACAUGAAUGAUAACCUCUUUUAAAAUUGGAUAAUGGCAUACUGUAACUAACAGCAGGCUCUUUUUAUAAUAAGCAGUAAUCUAGUUUAUCUAACACAGUACCCAAAAAUACCUAAUAAACAGUAUUUGCUAACUGCUAUUAGUGAAAUAUUCUUAUUCACUGUAGAAUUAUCUGAAUUAUGUGGGAUAAACUUAUGCUAUACUUGAAUUUUUAUUUAAUUUUUCUAAUAUUUAAAAGGAACUUUGUAAUCUGAUUUUCAAACCAUGUCCUAUGUAUAAAAAUAUAUCUUGGGGGGAUAAGAAAUAAGUUGUGUUUUUAUGUACUUGUGGAAAUGUAUAAAAAUUGUCUCUUUUUUCUUUCUUCAUCUCAUCAAUAUGGGUGAAUGUUCCUGCAAACAAACCUUGGGUGAAUAUAUAGAUUCCUUUGGUAUGCUUAUUUUCCUCUAAGACCCCAUGUGAUAGAUUCUUUAAAUGAUACACACUGAAGAGAAAUAAAUUUAUUUGAAAAAUAAAUAUAAUUGAAAAUGUAUAUUCCUGGGAAGAUAUUGAGUUAAUUUUUUGUAUAUCCUUUUUAUUUUUGUAGUAUCUUAUUGCUCUAUUAUUGACCAGUAUAGAACAAAAUAUAUUUGCCAAAAAAAGAAAAAAAUCCUUCUUUGAGGUAUUUUUUUCCUAAGGAGAUUUACUAAUCACUGUUAGAUGCUUUAUAGAUACCUAUGGUGAUACAGCUAAGAAGUAUUAGAGCCAAUAUUCUAAUUCAGAUGUGCCAAGCUCCAAAACCUGUGGCUGCUUCAGUACUUCACAAUGGCUCAAAUGUGAAAGAGUUUCUAGCCAAAGCCAAAGAAGACUUUUUAAAAAAGUGGGAAAAUCCUGCUCCGAACAAUGCUGGGCUUGAGGAUUUUGAAAGGAAAAAAACCCUUGGGACAGGUUCAUUUGGAAGAGUCAUGUUGGUGAAACAUAAAGCCACUGAACAGUAUUAUGCCAUGAAGAUCUUAGAUAAGCAGAAGGUUGUUAAACUGAAGCAAAUAGAGCAUACUUUGAAUGAGAAAAGAAUAUUACAGGCAGUGAAUUUUCCUUUUCUUGUUCGACUGGAGUAUUCUUUCAAGGAUAAUUCUAAUUUAUACAUGGUUAUGGAAUAUGUCCCUGGAGGUGAAAUGUUUUCACAUCUAAGAAGAAUUGGAAGGUUCAGUGAACCCCAUGCACGGUUCUAUGCAGCUCAGAUAGUGCUAACAUUUGAGUACCUCCAUUCCCUAGACCUCAUCUACAGAGAUCUAAAACCUGAAAAUCUCUUAAUUGACCAUCAAGGUUAUAUCCAGGUCACAGAUUUUGGGUUUGCCAAAAGAGUUAAAGGGAGAACUUGGACAUUAUGUGGUACUCCAGAAUAUUUGGCUCCGGAAAUAAUCCUCAGCAAGGGCUACAAUAAGGCAGUGGAUUGGUGGGCAUUAGGCGUGUUAAUCUAUGAAAUGGCAGCUGGCUACCCCCCAUUCUUUGCAGACCAGCCAAUUCAGAUUUAUGAAAAGAUUGUUUCUGGAAAGGUCCGAUUCCCAUCCCACUUCAGUUCAGAUCUCAAGGACCUUCUAAGGAACCUGCUCCAGGUGGAUUUAACUAAGCGGUUUGGCAAUCUAAAGAAUGGUGUGAGUGAUAUAAAAACUCACAAGUGGUUCGCCACAACAGAUUGGAUUGCUAUUUACCAGAGGAAGGUUGAAGCUCCAUUCAUCCCAAAGUUCAGAGGUUCUGGAGAUACCAGCAACUUUGAUGACUAUGAAGAAGAAGAUAUCCGUGUCUCUAUAACAGAAAAGUGUGCAAAAGAAUUUGGUGAAUUUUAAAAAGGAGCAACAAGAUGACAUCAGAGCUCACACUCAAUUUUUGCACUCUGUUGAGAGAUAAGGUGGAGCUGAGACCGUCCUGUGUUGAAGCAGUUACCUAGUUCCUUCAUUUGAACGCCUGAGUAAGGUCUUUAUUGCCAUCAUCGUGUGUGCACUCUGCAUCCACCUAUGUAACAAGGCACCGCUAAGCAAGCAUUGUCUGUGUCAUAACACAGCACUAGACCACUUUCCUACUUCUCUUUGGUUUGUCUUUCUCCACUCCUUUUACAUCCAUUUCUUCCCUUUUCAUUUUCAUUUUUUUCCAAACAGUGCUCCAUUUUAUUUUGUUUGUGUUUCAGAUGGGCAGUGUUAUGGCUACGUGAUAUUUGAAGGGACUCAUGUGUUGCCUUUAGUAGUACUUGUUAAUAUUUUUGUUGAUCAAUGGCUUGAGGCUAUCGUUUCUUACAAUUAUUUCUACUUUGAGUAGUUCAGACUCACUUUUGCCAAAACUUCUGAGUUUUUGAGGAUAGAAAUCUCAUCUAAAGGAAAUUUAUGCAAAUUAAUUUAAAACAAUAACUUUCUUAGAACUCACUAUUUUGGCAAAAAAAAAAUGGAUAGACUAAUAUAGAGUAGCUAGAUGCAGCAAUGUGGAUUCCUGUCGAUCAGAGGUUCUGUUUCCCUUCACCCCCUUUUAUAUCAUCCUCCUCUGAGUAAUAAAGUGACCAGCCUGUGCAAUGUGACACAUGUGUCUCAUUCAGCAGGAACAACUAAUGAUAUGGAUCAUCUCCCAGAUUCUUUCAUCUGGUACCAGCAUUUCUGUAGAUGUUAGAGAAGAGUUCUAGGGUUUCUGAACCCUAACUCUUCCAUAAGGGUUUUAGCCAGUAUUUUAAUAGGACAUGACUAAUGAAGGUGACAAAUUUUAAAGUUUCUAAUAUAGUCUCAUUGUAAACUUUUUAAAGGAAAAGAAACAAACUAAAAAGAACAUUAGUUUUGAGAAACACUUUGCUAAGUCAUCAAAUGGUUUGAUCCUUGCAAACAAAUAAUAUAGAGGCCCUCUUAUUUAAAUGAAGUAUUUUUGUUUGUUUUGUUUUGCUUUUUUUUUAAUGGUUAAGAACAAAAGAAGUUGUGGCCAGGUUUUUAUUCUGGUGGACUUUAUUUGUAAGCCUCCUGUGGGGGGUGCCCCUACCCCGGCCUCAUCAGUGAGGAAAGGUGACAAAGUUUCUAAAACUGCCACAACCGUAUUUUCAUUUUGAGUGGUGAUAUUUUUUAGAUAUGUCAUCAUUUCUAACUUCUUUUCUUUCAGUAAACAGAAUGUAUGAUCAUGCAGGUACAAUUUUAGUAUUUGAGGGUUUGUUUUUUUAUAUAUAUACUUUUUGCCAACUGACAUAACAACAUUGCUGUCAUAUGGACAUUUCAAGCACUUUUGCACAGUUAGUUCAGUGUUUGUGGAGAAUCCAUGGCUUAACUCAUUUUUCUUACCUUUUUUUUUUCUUCUUUGCUUUUCACUUUUCCCAUCUGGUUUUAUCUCUAUGUCUCAGUGACCUAUCUUUAAACAGCACACCAAAAUAGUUUAAAAUAAACUGGGUUCAUUUUUUUAUGAUCAAUUUACAUGCAUAAAGAAUGAGUUCUUUUUAAUCAAACUGAGCUUCAUGUAUAUAACCAUUGUAUUCGCUUCACUGUGGGUGCAGGGGUGUCACUGGGACUACUUCUUUUCACCCUUGUAAAACCUUUGAAGACGUGGAAAAAUCCUGACUGAGAUGUUCUCUCCACCAUCCUGUCUGUCUUUUGGUUGUCAAGUGUUCCUGCACGGUAAUGUCACAUAAAGGCUGAUGCUGACUUCAGUUGGUCCACCUGUAUUUAAAUGUGCAAGAUAAACAUUAAAUCCUUUGCUGUAGCAAGUAACAAAGCUAUAUAUAUAUAUAUAUAUAUAUAUAUACAUAUAUAUAUAUAUAUCAUCAUGUUAAUAAAUUUAAAAUAUCAUUUGUAUAAAAUAUUUUAAUUAAUUUUUUUGUAUUUCAUUUAGAACCAAGAACAUGCUGAUCAUUGUAUUCUAUCUGUAUGCUAUAAAUGCUGUGGUAGCUUGGUUGUAUAUUAUUGUAAAAUUAUUUUAAUAAAUCAUGGGGAUGACAAUUUGAUGAUUACGUUUUAGUUUUCAGUAAUUGAAAAGAUUUCUAUGGAUUCUAAAAAUAUUUUUUUCUACAAAAUUACUAGUGCCCAGCACAAUUUGCUAUAGAAUCUACGUAGGUAAUUAAACCCUAAGCAUCCCGAUGUGAGAAUUGACCCGUAGGCAUACACAGAUUUUGAGGUCUAUUCAGUCUUUCCAUUUUACUCUCUGUUAAAGGCUAUGAGCAAGCUUUCAAUUAUGUCAUGGGAGCCUAUUUCCAACCAAUCAACUACACUGAAUUGGAAUAUUUUUAAAGUAUAUAAAACUUCUAAUUUCAGCCACAAUUUAGCCAAGAACAUCGAUAAAAGCUUGAAUAAAAAAAUAAGUAGUAUGAAUCAGUAUUUAACAUAAAUUACAUUAUUAAAAACAGGAGCUAUUGCAUUCUUAUGCAGUAAAUAGCAAGGAAACCACCGUGUAGAGGAAGAAGCCCUGGACUGAAAGCUGGGACGUCUGCGUUUCAGGCCUGGGGUGUCACUGUCAGCACAACCUUGGCCACAGGUCUCUUCUCUGUAAAGUGGAAGGAUUGGAUGAGGCAGUUUGUAAGGUCCCUUCUAGCUUUCACAUGCUAUGAGAAGAUUCUUUUUUAUUUGACUUUUCGAAGGGAUAACAUGCUUUGAAGUAAGUCUUGGUAAGGCUGUAUUUUAGGGCAACUUUCUUCUCUGUAUCUCUGACAGUGUUCUUACAGUUCUUUGAAUUUCAUGAGAACCUUUGUGUCUGUUCCAAUUCAUUCCUCAUUCACUGAUGCUAAAUACCCAAUUGAUAUCAAAUUGUCAACCUACCAAAAAGAUACUGUGGCUUGUGGGUAUUGCUGUCUUGUUUUUGGUAUGUUCUUGUAUUGACUGCCCAUUGGCCUGAAAUACUCAUUGUAAGCCUGACAAAAAAAAAAAAAAUCAUUUUUCUUUCCCACUGACUGUUUUUUUUCUGCUUGUUGUAAGAAUCAAAUGAUAUAAUGUGAAAGCACCUUGUAAACUGUAACUUAUCAAUGUAAAAUGUUAAGGUGUGUUGUUAUUUCAUUAAUUAUUUCUUGUUUAGAAUGAAAUUUCCUAUGCAGUACUGUAGCUAGGAAAUGCUGAAAACAACUGUGUUUUUUAAUUAAUCAAUAACUGCAAAAUUAAAGUAUCUUAAAAG